GUAUUAUGGGUAGAAUUCAAAAUGGCUGACGAUCGAAUAGGUUCUUCAGAGUCUUCUUCUGAUGUGGAGAAAGAAGUCCCUCCCUGGGCCAAAGGGGAAACUUUAAGGCAUGUAGAAAGGGACGUCCUGAUUCCAAAAAUAGUGCGGGAAAUAUCUCGAGAGAAAUGCAAGCCAUAUCUUGACGAAUUCACCAAUUGCUGUAAAGGUAGAACAUUAUCAAUGGUUUGGGCAUGCAGAAAGGAAAAUCGAGUAAUGCAAGAUUGUCUUCAAAAAUAUUUCAAAGACAACAGUAUUUAUGAAGAGGCAAAACACCUAUACUUGCAGAGAAGAGAUGAAUUUCAAAAGGAUUAUGCUCAACAUGGAGAGAAGACAGAGUUCAAGAAGAAAGAGUCAGUCACAUUCUAGUGAAUGUACAAUGGUGCAGUGUGGUAUUUAUAGCAAUGGCUUUAUCUUAGCCAAAGCAUAUGAACAGCCAAAUUAAGAAUGGAAAUUUAUAGCAGUUUUGUGAUAUUAUGUGAACUCACACUAACUGUGAGUGGUAAACUGAAAUGUGUUUUUUUCAUUUCCUACAUUCAAAAAUAUUAUUAUUGUGGCAGUGAAAAACCAAAUUCCUGAUAUUGAAAAUAAUUGCUGUUUAGUCAGGUUACAAGGCCAGUCAUAUAACUUUCUUCUUUUUGUAAAACUUUCAUUAUUAAUUAGUGAAAAAAAUAUGAAUUGCCAUAUUCCAUCAGAAUAGGUUAUUCCAAAAGUCACAUGACUGUGUGUUGUUAAUAUAACACUUAUAUUAUCAACUCUUCAACAUUGGCUGUCUGUAUCACUCCUCAACCACAUCAGAUAUGCAGGUAGAGGGAGCCAUAAGUGAUACAGUCGAAGAGUUGUUCCAUGGGUCUUGAUUGGCAGUUUCUUGGAGUUCACCGAUAGGGAAAUACCUAAAAUUAAUUAAAACUUAGAUUUCAAUAGCUGCAAUUACUUUUUUAUGAUGUACUCCCACAGUUGUAUAACAUAUAACAUAACACAUUGGUAUUAUUUAUGCCUAAAACAUAAAACAAAAAAUAUUUCUGACAAUGUAGUAAUUUAUAUUACUCAGGAUUUAAGAUAAAUUCUAGUCAGUUUCCAGUCAUGGUGACUGGCCAAAUUAGUUUUAACUCAGCUGUACCCAUCCUCGGGAACCCAGGGGUAAAGUUCUGUAGCAUAGUGUUACUGGUCAAAAUGACUGUCAGGACAAAGAUUUGACCAGCAGACAAGCUCCAAUUCUGGUCAGACAUAAUGUCUGUUGACCAGCUGUUAUCUAAGCUUUGUUUACUUUGUCUUAAAGCAUUUGUGUUAUGAAGUUUGA